AUGUACCGAAAUAUUUUUAAAAUUAUUUUUCCGUUUAUUAUCAUCGAGAACAUAUUUGCUUCAUUUUGUGGCAAAUCAGGCGUUCCCUACAGCCUUGAAAUUCUCGCAAAUGGAGCACCAGUUCUCGGCUGUGCCCAGCCAAGCUGUGUGAUUUCUGCGGUGGAUGAGAAUGGAGAUUUUCAAGAAGACAGUCAAUUUCUUACGGAUGCUAAUGGACAAUCUGAUGGAUUUUUCCGUGAAGGCGACAGGGCGGUGAAGCGUUAUAGACAUCCAUCUGGUGCCAAAAUAGUGGCAAAUUGCUCUGGUCAAUUCAACGAACUUUCUUGCCCACGCCGUAAUCAAUGGGUUGGAGGGAUCGAAUAUAUUGAUCACCCAAGACAACCACUAGUUUUGCAAUGCUGCACCUUUGAAGGCCUUCGCUUCUCACAGGAAGUAGGCUCGACAAGCAUUGGUCCAGGUGAAGCAAUUACUGGCGGAGAGGUUGUGAGGGGUGGAAGGCAAAUUUCUUUCGAUGUAAUUGCUAAUGUUAGAAAAAUUGUUAAGCAUGGAGAGGGACCGGAAGGAAGCAAGAUGUCUUAUGAGGUUACUGUACGCCGAAUGAAUUGUUUGCCUGAUCCACCCGAGACAGAAGUUGAAUUUGAUUUGGAUGUUGCCGGUGAAGUUAGCAAGAUUUUGGUUGGCGCUGGCAAUAAAGAAAUCACAGACAAAUUAAAUGAAGGAAAGAAACAACAACAAAUCUCUCCCAAAUUUAGAAAUGAGAAACAAAAACAAAAAAUUGAGAAAUUGCCAGAAAUUAAUGGAGGGGAAAAUAGGAAGUUUUUAGCCCCAAACAACGUCCAUCCUCGCAUAAUGGCUCCAUCUUCUCGAAAUUUGCAACAAUUUAUUGGGCAAAAUUUGGGGAAUAAUAUUGAGGAAUUACCUCAGUCUCAACAACAAUAUCAAAAUUUAAAUAAUCAACAACAAUUUGUUGAACAACAAGGAUUUCAACAACAGCAACAACAAUUCCCUCCUUCUCAACAAUUUCCUUCUCAAUUAGUUUCGGAGGGUCAAAGAGUAGGAGAACAAGUAUUUCAAGUAAGGCAUUAA